GAAGCGGAAGUGGCGUUUGACGGGCGGGGGGACCGGCGCCAUCGCCAUCAUGGUGGGCAGAGGGGCCUGCCGCGUACCGGACCGGUGGACUGACUAUCUCCCGCUGGGCAGGAGGAUGCCGGGCACCCGCUUCAUUGCCUUCAAGGUCCCCCUGAAGCAGAGCUUUGAUCAGAACCUUCAUCCAGAGGAGAGAUUUUCCCCUCGUGACCUCAUUAAGAAAAUCAAAGAGCAGAAGGAAGAGCUGGGCUUGAUCAUCGACCUGACGUACACAACUCGCUACUACGGGCCAGAGGUCAGUCUUGGUCUUACUGUCAGGGGAGUGAAGCUCUGUGUAAGCCCUGAUAUUGCUGAUAAAGUGGAAGACGUUUCUUGCAAGAAGGAGCUCCCAGCCACACUCUGCUACUCAAAGAUCUUGACAAUGGGACAUGAAAUACCAAACAGGCACACCAUUUUUCAAUUCAAAUGCGUUGUAAAAAAGUUUUUGAGAGACAACAAAGACAAUGAUAAACUCAUCGGAGUUCAUUGCACGCAUGGCUUGAACAGAACUGGCUACCUGGUUUGUAGGUACCUGAUUGAUGUUGAAGGAAUGGACCCAAAUACUGCAAUAGAGUUGUUCAACAGAGCUCGAGGGCAUCCUAUAGAGAGAACCAACUAUAUCCAAGAUCUUCGGAAAAGAUCUGUAAAAAAGAACUGCGGACUAAAGAAUUUGGGUUCGGGCCCCUUCAAAGAAAAAGCCGGCGCUACACCAAACACUAAAAAGCAGAUGGCCAAACAUCAUCCGCAUCAGUCGAACCAAUCCCCCUUAGCGGUACCCAGGCUCCUCCCGUCUCAGCAGGGAUGGCAGGGGAACAGUGAAUGCAGAAACUCCAGCAGUGCCAAGAAGAACCGCAGGCGAGGCGCCAAGGCGCAGGCACAACACCAGGAGCUGGCACGCGAGCACGGAGCGACGGAGCAAAGGCAGCCACGCAGUUUGGCAGUGAGGAACUGUUGGGUUUCAUUGCCCACUGAGGAGCGGCACAAUGGACUGUCCUUUCCCGCCCAGAGCUCCCACCUUUGCCCAUCCCAGGAAACGCGAGCAGCCAGGAGACGCAGGCGCCGACAUAGGAAACCUGUUGUGACGGCAUAGGGAACGUUGUACGCAACAGAAACCUGUCCAGGGCUGCGUCUUCACCCCGGAGGAGCUCUGAGAUGUGUCUCACUGCUUGAACGAGCGGCUUUGCCGUAACUUCCACCGGCAGUUGGGAACUGCAAAUGCAGAUGUUCUUAAUCUUAACACAGCUCUUUUUUUUAAAAAUUUUUUCCUCCCCACCCUGUCCUGUCCUUGAUACUUUUACAAACCUCACAGAAAUUUUUUAAUCUUAUGUCAUAGCGGAGUCAUAGCUCCGCUCCUUGAGGGAUGCGGAGAAUAAAUGUGGACCCAAACGCAGCUGGAAUAAUCCUAAAGAAACAUCCUCUGGAGCGACCCUUUAACCUUCAACAAAAAGGGCUUUUCCUUGAUUUCCUCAAUACAUAACAAGAAAUAAGAUUCGGCCUGAAACUAGG